GCUAAGCCAGGAGGCAUUGCCAUUCUGCUUGUUGUGUGUUGCCUUCUCAAAGCAACGAGCGCAGAGUGUCCCAGCGCCUGCUUCUGUGACAGUGAAAGCCAGUACGUCAGCUGCGUCGGAGACAGCGCCUCACAAGCGCCACAAGACCUGCCCAGAUCAUGCGAGAGGCUCGAACUGCGCAACUUUGCGGUAGAUGCGCUCACGCAGCACCUACUCAGUGGAGUACCAGCUCUCAAGCAAUUGAAGUUGCAGCAAAGUAGAACAAGGGUGGUCGAACAUGGGGCCUUGGCCGAGCUGGUUUUGCUGCAACGACUUGACCUGAGCCAAAACUUACUGGAGAAUCUGACAUUGGGAACGUUCAAAGGACUACAGCAACUCAAGUACCUUGACGUGUCCUGAAAUCAACUGGCACACAUUGACGGUGCCUUUUCAGGCCUGGGCAACCUGGAGCAGCUGAUUCUUCACAACAACCUGCUCACCCAGCUAAAUACCUACACAUUCACAGGCCUGCAGCAGAUCAAGUACCUGAACCUGGACUCGAACCUUCUCUCGAGCGUAGAAGCGGGUGCCUUCCAGAACCUGUCAAAUCUCGGACACGUCAUCUUCAGCAACAACCCACUUACGAGCCUUUCUCGUCUCAACUUCUUUGGCUCACGCCUGCAGUAUAUUGAUGCUUCUCACGUCGGGCUUGAGCGCAUACCGCAAAGCCUCACCCAUUACGUUCGAGACAUCAGGCUCAGCCGCAACAAUAUCACUCACAUAACUCUCGGUGACCUGGAGAGCUACCCACACCUUAGUUUACUUGUGCUAGAUGACAAUGCCAUUGAAGAUGUGGAAGAUGAUGCGCUUGGUCGGCUGGAGUACCUUGCCAGGCUCUGGCUUAACGGCAACAGGCUCACAAAGAUCCCGAUGAACCUACCACAAACACUAGUUGCUCUCUACAUAGAGGAGAACUCGAUAACCGAGCUGCCAGCCAACAGCUUUCUUGGACUAUCCGAAUUGGAGCAAUUGUUUCUGCAGCGAAACCAAAUCAGAAACAUUUCAGAGAGUGCCCUGAGCGAUCUUACGAAUCUGAAGACCCUCGACCUACAGGCAAACCUCUUACAACAUUUGCCCAACCACGUUUUCAGCAAUCUCAGCAACUUACAGACGCUCGACAUUUCUCAGAAUCUGCUGCAGUUACUGGAGCCCCAGUGCUUUCAAGGGCUUGAUGCACUCAAAACACUGCAGAUGUCUCGAAUAGCGUACAAAGUGGAGUUCCAAGAAUACGUCUUCGAUCCGCUGAAGAUGCUAAUCAAGCUUGAAAUGUACGACAGCAGCGAUCUAGUGGCCAACAUAACCAAAUCGCCGAGAACACUACACAGCUUGAGGAACGUCCAGGAGCUGAAUAUUAUGCACAAUAAGCUCACACAUUUGCCACCAGAUUUCCCGUCUUUCUUCCCAAAACUGAAGGUUCUCAAAGUGGGAGGCAACACGUUUCACUGUGGCCCUGAAGUGGGAUGGUUCUCGGAAUGGAUAAAGACGUCGAACAUCCAGUUUUACAGCAGCUACAGCAUAAGAUGCGCAUCACCAUUCACACUGCAUUUCAAGCCUGUCAUGUUAUUAAAAGAGGAAGACUUUGUUAAGAUCACCACAAAAAGUGCACCAAUGCCUCAAGUAAAGGGUGCUGCCUUGAUCAAAAGGGUUCCCUUGACAAACGUCCCAGAGUCAAUCACUGUCUCUGAAAUCCUGACACCAAUUAAUAUAUCUGCGCCUUCAACACUAACAAGCAUUUCCACGAUGAGGGCAAGAUUAAAAUCAGGUGAGCCAACAUCAAUUGUGUCGAGUAAUCAGACAAGCAUUUUUGCAGCUGACAGCGUGACAGCUCUAAAGGCCGCUGAAGAUUUGUUUCAAACACCACAGACACAAGAAGCCCUAAAUAUUACUGCACAAAUGACAGGUGACCAGAAAGCAAGCAAUGGGAGCUUAAUAGCUCACCUCGAAAGUAAUCUGACAUCUGCAACAGAUAGAAGCAUUACUGACAGCACAGGUAACGUUACUCUUCCUACAGUGAUGACUCAGCACACCAUGACGACGAUGCUGAAUUACAUCUGGGAACCCCCAACAGUUGAAACGGCUGUACCAGCUCCAACAACAACAAGAAAUAACCAUACUUCCUUAUCCUUCAAUGCACCCCAAAGCCUACUGCUUGCACCACCAGUGGCUGAAAAACAACGGCAGGAGACAAGCUCCGAAGGGAACUCCACAAUCACUUCGAGAGUCAUUACUGGCUGCAGCUUUUUGCUCUUCGUUGCCCUCGUAACCACAGUGUUUCUGCUGCAGGCGCGCCACAACUGCAUGGGCUGCCGCGAACGGUAUGCCCGCACCCAGCGGAGCAGCAGCAUCUCUUACCGUCCUCAGCACGACGAGGUGAACAUCUUGACUGUGUCAGAGGGUACGGUCGAUGGAAGGACUAGUGUGCAGCGCGGCAUUCGAAACAAGCUCUACUUCGCAGUCGAGGGUGGUGGUCCUCACGAUGUGUCCAAUGAACCGCACUAACAAGAACUGAUUCCUCGCUCCUUGAGUGACAGUGAGUGGUGCAGUGGUCGCGUGUGUAUAUAAACUUGGACGUCUACUGUGACGUGCUAUUUGUGUCCGUAAGUGGACGCCAGAAAAAUGUGACUACCAACAGCCAUAAAGACCAAAGGCGUGCGCUUCGCGGCAGCAGGCUUCGAUUCUGUGCCAAAGAUAUAGGGUAUCUCCCGCAACCGAGCCACUUACGUUCUUGACAAAAAUGUCAUGGGACAGUUAAGGAACGUUGGCAGCAUUGCCAUGACAGGAACAACAGCGCUUGUUAAAAGCGAACCUCCAGUUUUUCGAAAUUUGUGUGCGUGUGCGUGCAGAAAGAGCUUGUCAAUUCCAAAAUUCCAGGAGACAUAGACUCUCGAUGUUCCCUGAAGCGAGAUACUGAAUUAGGCUUGUAAUGACUGCGAGGGUGAGUAUACACAAACACAAAGCAAGUAUUUUUGUAAAUGAAGAGAAUCAUUUGGCAGCAUGGUAUAUUACAAUGCUCCUGUCUACUCGUUUCCUCCUAUCAUGCAGCGAAUGUUUAUACAUGUUCAAUAAAGUAUCUACUCGAAGCUUU